AUGGCAGGCGGUGGCUAUCAAUCAAAUCUCCGCAUUUUGCGGCAAUUCUGGGAAGAGUUUCGUUCGGUUUUGGGACAGGCAACUCCUGGUGUCAUCCCACGCCUCGCUUUUAACUAUACUCGAGCCUUUUUAAUUAUGCUGGGCCACUAUCCUAACAAAAAGUUGGCUCCUUUGUCUCUGUACCGGUGGCUCAACCUGGUUAUCAUGUUCAAUAUGAUGGGCAUUAUCCUGACGUUGGUUUUCGCUCUGCCCGAGUCGAAGAACGUGAUCGAAAUGGGCGACGACUUGGUGUGGAUUUUAGGAAUGGGCCUGAUUUUUAUUAAGAUAUUCUACAUGCAUUGGCGCUGCGACCAGAUCGAUGAACUUAUUUGGGAUUUUGACUACUACAAUCGGGAGCUGAGGCCUCAUCAAGACGAUGAGGAGGUCUUGGGUUGGCAGAGGCUGUGCUACUUGAUUGAGUCGGUUCUAUAUAUAAUCUGUUUUAUUCUGGUCAACUUCUUUAGCGCUGCCAUUUUUCUACAAUUCCUAAUACGAGAGGGAAAGCUUCCCUAUCACUCAAUUUGGCCCUUCCGAUGGCAUCGCAUGGAUCUGCACCCCAAUAUGUUUUGGUUUGCCUAUGUCUGGAUGAGCGCGACGACGCAGCACAACGUGAUGAGCAUCUUAAUGGUGGACUUGCUGGGUAUUUCCACCUUCCUCCAGACGGCUCUAAAUCUUAAGAUGUUGUGCAUUGAGUUGAGGAAACUGGGGGAAAUGGGGGCAGUAAGUGAUGCCCGUUUCCAUGAGGAGUUCUGUCAGGUGAUUCGCUUUCACCAGCACAUCAUCAAGUUGGUGGCGAAAGCCAAUACGGUUUACAAUGGCUCCUUCAAUGCGCAGUUGAUGGCUAGUGUUGCCAUGAUUUCCAUAUCCACUUUCGAGACCAUGGUCGCGGCGGAUCUCGACCCCAAAAUGGCCGCCAAGUUUGUGCUUCUUUUGAUGGUGGCAUUCGUUCAAUUGUCGCUUUGGUGUGUCUCUGGGAAUUUGGUUUAUACUCAGUCUUUGGAGGUGGCCCAGGCCGCUUUUGCUAUAAACGAUUUGCACACCAGGGCCCCAGCCAUUCUGAGGGAUAUAUCAUUUGUGAUUUUACGAGCCCAGAAACCUCUGAUGUUUGUGGCCGAACCCUUUAUGCCCUUUACCUUGGCCACCUAUAUGAUGAUUCUAACGAAUUGCUAUCGUUUGCUGGCCUUGAUGCGGGAAUCGAUGUAA